GCCAGCCCCUCUGGCUGCGCGUCCUCGGAGGACAGCGGCGCGCCGCUGCUGCCGGCGCUGCGGGCGCCCGCGCCAGCGCCCGGCCUGCUGCUGCUGCAGACACGAAAGCGGUACGCAAACGCGGGCCAUCCGUCCCAAAGUCGGCUGGAGCUGGGCGGCGGCAAGCCGUGCGGGCCGCACAGCCCGCCCGAGGCCGCGGCCGCCGCCGCCCUCGAGGAGGGCCGGGCCGGCGAGCCCCUGCAGGCCGCCAGCGGGCACGGGGGCGUGACCGCGGCGCGCGCCGUGGCUGCUGGGACUGGCGCUUUAGCCCUGGUCGGCCUCGUGCUGAUAGGCGCUGCGGCGUGGUCGCCGGUCAGCUUUCAUCACAGAGCGUCGAGGCCCUCCACACGAGAGAGCCUGGACGUCGUCGGCCUGAACGUCAUUGGGGUGAUAUCGACAACCUCAACGCCGCCCACAAAAUCGCUGCCGCCAGCACCGCUCAGGCCCCCGCCUGACUUCGCCAUCGAGCCGCCGCCGGGCUUCUACCCGGAGCGGAUGAGCGCAGCGGAGGAGCAAACCACCGAGGCGGUGCCGGCACAGGCCCCCGUGCGGCCCCCGCCCAACUUCGCCAUCGAGCCGCCGCCGGGCUUCUAUCCAGAUCGGCUGGGCACGGCGGAGAUGCACAGCAAGCACGAGCUGCCAGCGCAGGCGCCGCUGCGGCCCCCGCCCGCGUUCAUCGAGCCUCCGCCAGAAGCGGCAAAGCACACCCAGGAGGAGCUGCCGGCACAGGCGCCGCUGCGGCCCCCGCCCGCGUCCAUCGAGCCUCCUCCGGAAGCGGCAAAGCACACCCAGGGGGAGCUGCCCGCACAGGCGCCGCUGCGGCCUCCGCCCGCGUUCAUCGAGCCUCCUCCGGAAGCGGUCAAGCACACCCAGGAGGUGCUGCCGGCACAGGCGCCCCUGCGGCCCCCGCCCGACUUCGCCGUCGAGCCGCCGCCUGGCUUCUACCCGUCUCUACCUGCAGAGGGCCAGGCCGCCAGGGGCGCCGUGCGGCCCGCGCCCAGCAGCCCGCCGAGGAGCGCCGUGGUGGCGGCGCCCAGCGCGGCGGCGGCGCCCCUCCGCCCACUGGCCGGGAUCGCUCCCGCGGAGGGCGUCGUGCUCUUCGACAGGGCCCCGGCCGUGCAGGAGAGGCAGUGGAUCGGCUCCCUGGCGCCCACGCCGGUGCUGCGCCGGUGA